CGCUACUCAGCCGACCUGAAAAUGGUCGCAGUCCGGCUCCGUCACCGGGGUCGUGACAGUGUCAAAGACAUCAUUAAAAUCACUACAAUGUCCCGACCAACCCUAUUCCGUACAUGGAGAAAACAUCGCCUCACUGGCUCUGUUACCAACAGACAGCCUGUUGGCCAAGGUCGACCACGAUCUGUGCUCUUUCGGGAUGCCGAAUACCUUCUCUGCCUUGCACGACACAGACCCACAAGCUUCCUAGACGAGUACUGUCAGCGACUUCACUCUGAUCGCUACCUUCCUAUACACUUUACCACCAUACAUCGCUUCUUCACCCGCGCAGGUCUGAGCGUGAAGCAUGUGCAGAAGAUGGCUCGUGAGCGGGACCCUAUCAAGCGGGCAGAUUAUAUCCGUCGUAUCGGACAAUACUCUCCCGUCUGCCUUGUUUUUCUUGACGAGGUCUCAAAGAAUGACCGUGUCUAUGCACGGUUAUGGGGAAGAGCUAGAUCG